GAGAAGAGAGAGAGAGAGAGAGAGAGGGAGUUGUCUUUUAGUGUUAUGGUAGGUUUUUUUGGGGCUUCUAUCUUGUUUCUUUCCCACCACCUAUGUCAGAGAGGAUGACAUGAGAGUGGGUUGAUAAACUCAAUCCAUCUGGCAUGGUUGAUGGGGUAGCAGGGCAGAUGUGGUGGAACUUCUUCAGGCAAAUCAAGGUUGAUUCUUGAGAAAAUGAAGACAAUUGAACAAGAAGGUUAGAGUAGUUCUUUGGUUAUUUUCUUUGCCUAUAAGUACUAAGAGGGAGGAGGUAGUGGUGGUGAUGGGAAGUAUGAGUUCUGAGAGCUCAAGGAAGAGCCUUUCCAAAGUUGAUGAAGUCGAGGAAGAUGGCGUGAAUAACUUGAGACAUGGAGGGAGCUCGAGCAAUAGCACCGUGGAGGAGAGCGGGCGGAAGGCAAGCUCAGGGACUGUAAGGCAGUAUGUCAGAUCCAAGAACCCAAGGCUUCGGUGGACGCCGGAACUCCACCUUUGUUUUGUUCAUGCCAUCGAGACGCUCGGUGGCCAAGAUCGAGCAACACCGAAGAUGGUCCUUCAAUUGAUGAAUGUUAAGGGCCUAAGCAUAGCUCAUGUCAAGAGUCAUCUGCAAAUGUACAGGAGCAAGAAGAUCGAUGACUCAGGUCAAGUUAUAGCUGAUCCAAGGAGUGUGAUGCAAGGAAGGGAACAGCAUAUAAAUAAUCUUAGCCAUCUUCCCAUGCUACAUAGUUUUCAUCAAUGGCCUAUUUCUAACUCAAGAUUUGAUGACUAUUUUUGGGCUAGCCCUAGAAAUUGGAUGCACAAUCAAGUCCUCGGCAGGGCCAUGAAUUCCACUGGGGAACCAAGAUCUUAUGGUUCCAUAACCGAGAUGGUCUUCAGAGGAGGUGACAGACUAAAGAGCAAUCAGGAUUUCCACACAAAAGAUUCAUCUUUGGAUCAUCGAGCUAGCCGUGAACUCUGUGAAGCAAGCGGGCUCCAUGAUUAUAGAUUAGCAGCUACACAAUAUAGACCACAAGAAAGGGAAACCUGCUUCAUAACCCAAUUUCAAGAAACAAAUCCACAAGGGCAGAGCUCUAUGAGAUGGAAGGCUGAUGAUCAUGGGCCUGAUCUGAAUCUCUCACUCAACAUUGGACCAAGGCGGGAGAAGAAACAAAGGUGGGAAGAAGAAGAAGAAGGAGGAGGAGGAGAAGAAGAAGAAGAAGAAGAAGAAGAAGUGGAUAGCAGCUUAUCGCUCUCCUUGUUCUCUCCCUCAAGGAUAGAAAGAUGCUCUAGAGACGCCGAGAAGGCCUCAAAGCAUAACAGGUGGGAGGAAGAAGUUGGCAAGGGAAAAAAUGCAAGAGUAACGAGUACUCUAGAUCUGACUAUAUGAGUGCAAUGUGGUGAGAUGUGGUGGUACUUGUCAAAAGGGGAAGGUAAUGGCCAAUACUUGCUCCUUCACUUACUGUUUUGUACUCAUUAUGGAGGCACUAGACCCUAAUAGGACAUUUUAUGCGCCUUUCUUGUACCUUUCUUAUUGCCCACCCAAGAAUCCCAUAGAAGGUUAGGACUUGGGAGAUAAAAAUGGCUGGAUGCACAUGCUGUUUGACUGCAAGUCUGCAACUUGAAUAUGACUUUUUUCUUGUGUGAUUGAAUGAUAUACUAUGAUUGUUGAAAAGGUUA